AUGUCAAGAGCAGCAUUUACAAUCAGUUUAGGGCUGUGUAGACCGUUCGUAUCAAUUGGAAGACGUAGCUUUAGAUAUACAAUGAGUGCAAAGGGAAAACCUGAAGAUGCCAAGUUUUUAAAGUCAUAUUCGGUGUCGAACGCAGAUGAGUGCAAGUGGAUAGGACUAGAGAGACUAGAGUACAUAGACCCAGCUGGAAACAAGAGACAAUGGGAUAGUGCGGUGAGACUAACCAGAAACAGUGGUGGAAUUGACGGAGUUGGAAUUCUGGCAAUUUUGAAAGCUCCGGGCAAAGAACCGGAAAUUUUACUUCAAAAACAGUUCAGACCACCUGUCGAGGGUGUUUGUAUCGAGAUGCCUGCAGGUUUGAUCGACAAAGACGAAUCGGUCGACGUGGCAGCAUUGCGCGAACUGAAAGAAGAAACGGGAUAUUCUGGUAAGAUUGUCAGUAAAACACCUAUCAUCUUCAAUGACCCGGGCUUCACUAACACCAACUUGUCCCUGGUAACGGUGGAAGUCGAUGUUACGGCUCCUGAGAACCAAAACCCGCAAACUGAGCUCGAGGAAAACGAGUUCAUUGAGUGCUUCACGGUGCCAUUGAAAUCCUUCGCAGUGGAAAUGGAAAAACUAGCUCAACAGGGCUACAAGCUAGACGCGCGUGUGCAAAACGUGGCACAAGGUAUUAGACUCGCCCAACAGUAUCAGCUCUGA